UAUAUAAGGACUUUCCCAUAAUCAAUAAUACUCAAGGAAUUCAAUUCCAACAUGGUAUCAGUCUAGGUUUUUCAUAAACACCCUCGACCUAGCCGCCUUCCUCUUCUUCCUUUCCUAUCUCCUCUCUCUCCUCUCUUCACGGUGCAGCCACCAUGUCUGACACCACCAAGUUUCACCCUGCUCUUUCAAUCAACAACGUCAAGUCCCUCAUCUCUAUCACAUUAGACAGCGAAUGUGAAUUCUACCACUCUUGGGUUACGUUGUUCAUGGUACAAGCAAGGGUGCAUAACCUCAUGCAUCACAUUCUUCCUCCUACUGAAGAAAAAGAUAGGGCUGUGGUUGAUGCUUUGAAAACAGCCGAUUCCGACCUCUAUGAACGUCUUGAUGCUGUGGUAUUGCAGUGGAUUUAUGCCACCGUAUCUCAUGACCUCCUUCAAUCCAUCUUGGUCAAGGGUGAUACGGCGGCCCAGGCUUGGCAGAGGCUCGAACAAGUGUUUCAAGACAACAAAGGGUCACGUGCAACUCAUCUCGAAGAGGAACUCGCGGCUGUUAAACUCGAGCAUUUCGCCAACGCCGAGGCAUAUUGCAAUCAUGUGCAAUCUUUAGCCGACAGACUUGCGGCGGUGGAUGCUCCGGUGGCCAACAGCCGCCUUGUCUUACGUCUCAUUGGUGGGCUACCAGAGGCAUACUCGGGUACGGUAGAUUAUGUCCAGAAUCAAGACCCUCUGCCUCCCUUCGCUCGUGUUCGUUCCCGCAUCAAAUUAGCAGAGCGUACCAUGAAACACCGAGCAGCCAGGGAAUCCAGUGGUUCUGCCCUCUUAGCUUCUACUGGCGGCAGCACUUCAAGUGGUAAUUCUGGCCCUACAAAUUCCUAUUCUUCUAAUAAUUAUGGCAGAUACAAUAAUAAUAACAAAAAUAAGAAGAAAAACUAUGGAAAAGGGGGAGGGCAGAAUCGCAACAACCACAACAACUACCGCGGAGGCGGCGGUAGUGGCGGUGGUGGCAAUGGCGGCCAGCCUACCACCGGCGGCAACCAGCAACAGUGGCAGUGGCAGUCACGUCCACCUGCUCCAGUACAAUAUAUGUGGCCUUGGCAUCAAUGGGUCACACCACCUUGCCCAUUUCCUACAGCCCAAUGGCAGCCUAAUCCUGCAAGGCCAAAUUCUCAACCUGGGCUUCUUGGAGCAAGGCCACAGCAGCAGGCCUAUUCCACUAGCACCUGCCCAGCUCCAUCCACAGUGGGCUACACGCCUACAGACAUUGAAGCGGCAAUGCAUACUCUUGGUCUUACUCCUCCGGAUGGAAAUUGGUAUAUGGAUACCGGAGCUACCUCUCAUAUGACUUCGGACCAAGGAUUUACGGACGGGGAACAAAAUCAUGAGAUGUGAUAGCAUUGGGGAUCUUUAUCCACUCUCAUCCAUCAACCGGGCCGCACCUCCAUCCUCUCAUUCUGCUUUAACUGCUUUUUCUCCAAACUUAUGGCAUAGUCGCCUAGGGCAUCCGGGAGCAAGUGUUUUACGCUCUCUUCAUAGCAAGCAUUUUAUUGAUUGUAAUAAUAAAACGAAACAAUCUUUUUGUUCGUCUUGUCCUUUGGGAAAACAAAUUAAAUUACCUUUUUAUGAUUCAAUGUCAUCCACUGCUUUUCCGUUUGA